AUGACAGAACGAUGCAACGAAUUACGUGAUAUUAAAGCCUCGGAAAAACGUCAAAAAGAUGACGAUGACAAAUAUGUGGAAAAAGCAUGUAAGGGAAGUUGUCCAUUUGCAAGAAGCGAUGCAAUCGAGGAUCUUUGUGACCAGAUUCUUGCAUCAAAGCUAUCCAGUGCACCACAAUUAGUUGAUUAUAGCAAAAAAAUAUCCGCUUGUCCGUACUUAGCAUCACGCAAGGCGGUAGCUUAUUCACAGCUGGUGCUGCUUCCAUAUCAAAUUUUGUUUCAAGAAGAAGCACGGAAAGCUUGGGGAAUUGAAUUGAGCGGCAACAUUAUCGUUAUUGAUGAAGCUCAUAAUUUGUUGGAAACAAUCACUAGUUCACAUUUCGUUACGCUGCAUGCAAAGGAACUGAAAUCUGUGCUUUCAGUAUUAAAUGACUAUCUAAGUCGUUUUCAAAGUCGGCUGACAUCGGUGCAUAAAAAAUAUCUGCGGCAGAUAUCGGCUUUUGCAAAUCUGUUAUUGACUUAUAUGAAUCACGCAUCAGACAAGCAUAAAAAUUAUGUUGAAACAAUGACGGCAUUUGCUGGCAAAGCUUAUCUGGCACAGUAUAAGUUCGACGUUUUAUUGAAAUACAUUGAGCAGACACAUUUAGUCAUGAAGCUAAGCAAGUUUUCGAAACGUUUGGAUGGAGAGCAAAACAAAAAAGUUGAUUCUGCAUAUGAAUUUUCGGUAGAACACUUACUUCGCACAAAGGAUUCCCCGACUGAUUCUCAAAGCGUAUCUGGGUGCUCAUCUAGUCAGUGUACAUCAUCAUCCUUUGUUGAGGAGCGAACAGCAAUAGCAUUAGCAUUGUGUGCAUUCCAGCAGUUUUUACAAAUGCUGAUGUUGAACUACAAAGACGGCAGAUUAAUAGUGGAAUGUGCCUCUGAGAAAGAUGAGGCCAAAAUAAGCUAUUAUCUUGUCAAUCCAGCUUCUCAACUUGGUGAUAUAAUUAAACAAUGCAGAUCUUUGAUAUUGCUUGGUGGUACUAUGGAACCGUCGGAAACCCUGAUACGCUCACUUACUAUGUAUUGCAAAAUUGACCCAAACAAGGAUCUUAUCCGUCGCUCUUUUGGACAUAUCAUAAAGGAGCAACAGUUACUAGCUCUAACAAUAACAAGUGUUUCUAAUAUGAAAUUGAUAUUCACACACGGUAAACGGGAAACACAGGAAAUCCUGAAUCUUUUGAUGAUGACGUUAGCACGGAUUGCUGAAGCAGUUCCAAAUGGAAUGAUUGUGUUUUUUCCCAGCUAUGGCUAUCUGGAAGUAUUUGUUAAACAAAUGCCCAUAAAUACUUUGCGGAAGGUUAAACCAUUAUUCAUUGAACGCCGAAACAGUUUGCCUGCCUUGUUUAAUGAAUUUGCAAAGUCAGCUCGAACCGUAAAAGGUGCUUUAUUGUUAGCUGUGGUUGGCGGAAAAUUAAGUGAAGGAAUUAAUUUUUCGGAUGAAUUAGGACGUACGGUCGUUGUCGUCGGAUUACCUUAUAUGAAUAGCGAGGAUAUCAUUGUGAAAGAGAAAUUGAAGUUUAUGCAAAGUGAAUUUGGUCCAAAGAGUGGUACUGAGUAUUAUGAAGCGAAAUGCAUGCAUGCUAUCAAUCAAUCCAUUGGUCGUGUAAUUCGCCAUUGUAACGAUUAUGCAGCAGUUGUGUUGGUUGAUUUAAGAUAUAAAAGUGAACGAAUUAUCAAAGACCUUCCAUCAUGGAUUCAACCCCGAUUAUGUCAUGCAACGGAUCUGAAUGAUGGAAUAGAGCAUUUGCAGAGAUUCUUCAGAAGUAUGAACAAACAAUGCAUUCCGAUAUCGACAAACAAUGCAUUCCGAAAUAUUUCAUAA